AUUUAAUUUAAAGGUUACAUUAUGUAAAGAAACAAGCUAGCUUGUGAAAACCAUAAGGCUGGACGGAAGAUAACUGUGACCUGCUUUAUUACACAGCUUGGGUGUCACACAGUUGUCCAACCCUGUUGGGCGUGGACAUUCUGCAGAGGAAAGAACAGGAAUUUAGCUCCUGCUAAAUCCAGUUGAGUUUAGCCAGGGCCGCAUGCACACUACUGCAGCCUAGACACAAUCGCACAGAAUGAGAGAAAUAGUUCACAUACAAGCCGGACAAUGUGGGAAUCAGAUUGGCACCAAGUUUUGGGAAGUGAUCAGCGACGAACACGGCAUCGAUCCGGCGGGAAACUACGUUGGUGACUCGUCGCUCCAAAUCGACAGGAUUAAUGUGUACUACAACGAAGCGUCUUCACACAAGUAUGUUCCCCGAGCAGUCCUUGUGGACCUGGAGCCUGGGACAAUGGACAGUGUCCGGUCAGGGGCCUUCGGACAGCUAUUUAGACCCGACAACUUUAUCUUCGGGCAAACAGGUGCGGGGAAUAACUGGGCCAAGGGCCACUACACAGAAGGAGCAGAGCUGGUGGACUCAGUCCUGGAUGUGGUGAGGAAGGAGUGUGAGAACUGUGACUGCCUGCAGGGCUUCCAGCUGACCCACUCCCUGGGAGGGGGCACCGGUUCCGGUAUGGGCACCCUGCUCAUCAGCAAGAUCCGCGAAGAGUACCCCGACCGCAUCAUGAACACGUUCAGUGUCAUGCCCUCGCCUAAAGUGUCCGACACGGUGGUGGAACCGUACAACGCCACGCUGUCCGUGCACCAGCUGGUGGAGAACACGGACGAGACGUACUGCAUCGACAACGAGGCGCUCUACGACAUCUGCUUCCGUACCCUGAAAUUGACCACGCCCACCUACGGGGAUCUCAACCACCUGGUGUCGGCCACCAUGAGCGGGGUGACCACGUCGCUGCGCUUCCCCGGCCAGCUCAACGCCGACCUCCGCAAGCUGGCCGUAAACAUGGUGCCCUUCCCCCGCCUCCACUUCUUCAUGCCAGGCUUUGCGCCGCUCACAGCCAGGGGAAGCCAGCAGUACCGGGCCCUGACUGUGCCCGAACUCACCCAGCAGAUGUUCGAUGCCCGCAACAUGAUGGCGGCAUGUGACCCGCGCCACGGCCGCUACCUCACGGUGGCCACCGUAUUCCGCGGGCCCAUGUCCAUGAAGGAGGUGGACGAGCAGAUGCUGGCCAUCCAGAACAAGAACAGCAGCUACUUCGUGGAGUGGAUCCCCAACAAUGUCAAGGUGGCUGUGUGUGACAUCGCGCCCCGCGGCCUCAAGAUGGCCGCCACCUUCAUCGGCAACAGCACGGCCAUCCAGGAGCUGUUCAAGCGCAUCUCAGAGCAGUUCUCGGCCAUGUUCCGCCGGAAGGCCUUCCUGCACUGGUUCACCGGGGAGGGCAUGGACGAGAUGGAGUUCACAGAGGCCGAGAGCAACAUGAACGACCUGGUGUCUGAGUACCAGCAGUAUCAGGAAGCCACAGCUAACGAUGGGGAAGAGACAUUUGAUGACAUGGAGGAAGAGCUUAAUGAGUAAGGAAAAUAUUGGGUGUUUUUUGCGUAAACUUUGUUCUUACUUUUGUUGUUGUGCACCGUUCUGAAAUGAACUUCUUUCAAUCCGGGGAGGUCUCAGAAGCAGAGGCGGAAAUAAAACCAAAAAAAUAUUUGUAUGUUAAGU